UCAUCUUUCCUUUGCACAGCACUGAGCUACAGCGCAAAGACCUUGAUGGCCUCCGAGAGAGCCCUCCGUUGACUGUCCUCCUCCGUGCAUUUCAGAAUGAGUGCAUGAAAAUCUGGUCCCUCCUUCGCAGUGGGAAGUUCUCCUGUCACACUAACAGGCAGCCCAUCAGAGGACCCGAUGGCAGGAGGGACCUCAACAAGUGCCUGAUGUGCCAGCGGCUGCUGGAAAGAUACUCCAGAAACAAAGGGAGUGGUGAAGAAGCAAACAGGAACGUGAACUCUGGAGAGGAUGAGUGCCGGGAGUUCCGGGAUCUGUUCAAGAACGGGAAGCUUUCCUGCACGAGAGAGAACGAUCCCGUCCGGGAUUCCUCGGGGAAGCAGCACAGCAACAAGUGCAUCAUGUGCGCGGAGAAGUUCAAAAGGGAGAAUGAGCAGAAGGCAACUUCAACCAGAGGGAAACAAAAGGAUGACUGCAGUGAGUACCGUUCCCAGUUUGAGGCUGGCGGGCGGCUGUCCUGCACACGGGAGAACGACCCUGUCCGGGAUUCCUCUGGCAAGCAGCACACCAACAAGUGCCUCAUGUGUGCUGAGAAGCUCAAAAAAGAAGCUCAAAGAGGAGGUCAGUCUGGAACUGCCCAGCGCAACAAACAGUCUGCUUCAGAGUGUGCAAACCAGAGGAGCUGCAGUGGCUCAGGGUUACAGCAGGGUAUGAAUGAGAGACGGCCAUUCUCCACAAACAGAGGCCCACAAGGAAACUUGGCUCAGGACUGCAGCCCGGCACCUGGCCGCCAGGGACAGAGCGGAGGCACCAACACCUACCAGCCGCUGGACUGUGAUCGAAUUCUGCACGGGGUAAAGGGUGGAAGGAUUUUCUGCAGCGAAUCCUCACAACCCGUCUGUGGCACUGAUGGGAAAACAUACAAAAAUGAAUGUGACUUGUGUUCAGCUGCCAUGAGAGCAUCAGUUUACAUCACGGUAAACUAUCGAGGUGAAUGCCGAAAGACUGUCCCUGAAAUGAAAUAAUGGAGUUCAGACUGCCAGCAAAUACCAGGGAUCAGCUGUGACCAAAGGACAAGUAAAGGAAGAUCUGAUGUCAAGCACCAGGGAAGCUGCUGAGUUCCCAGUGCUGUUGGAUCCACCUUCAUCCCCUUCUGCAGCCAACAGGCCUGUCCUUGCUCAGGUGGAGGGUGAAGGGCUGUGGGGACCCAGUGGUGGCUUCCCACGUUGGCCCCACGCAUGUUGUUGUAGUCGCUGCUCGGCUCGGGCUCUGCCGCCUCGCUGUGUCUUAGCAUGUUUCUACAAUAAAGAUAACUCCACAGCGUCCUGUUGCUUUUCUUCACUGAGCCUCACAGGAGGGACGUGUGAGUCCCCGGUCCGGCUGCUCGCCACGCGUCCCUUGAGCACUAAGCACCAAAACCCAAGUGAAGAUGUCAGACACAGAGAAGAAGAAUGUGGUCUGUGUUCUGUUAGUAGGGACCAGCAGUUGGGUUCUCUGGCUCGCUGUAGGGCCUUGGGUGUAUCUCUUUGUCUCCCUUCAGCCCUUUUCUCUUGCCUGUAAAAAUGGACAUUAAAAGAUGCUUACCUACCUCAGAGGGUUGUUUGGAGAUUUUAAUUGGUUUGCAUUAGAGAGUUCCACAGAUGGAACUCUAUUCCUACGCACCAAUCCUGGAGUGCAAGACCUUUAACUGUUGCAGUCAUGCCUCUUCCAGCCAACACCCGAUGGGCCGUGUGUAUUUCCUGUUCUUUCGUUUAUGGCUGUUACUUAAAGCAAAUAUGUUCUUAUUUGUGUAAACUUUAUUGCAGGACAUUUCCAGAAGACCUUGAGUGAACGUACAGUGUUUGAGUCCACUUUAGCUGUGACCUGAUCUGCAAAUACUCUCUGUUGUAGAUAAGGCCAGAGUGACUUUCAGGUUUUGGCAGAAUUUCACUCAGUGCCAAUUAAUUUGGCUCCCUCCACAGAUAUUGAUUUUUUUUUUUUUUCAAUUAAGUUAUCACGAUCUUUUUUUUCUUAAUGCAGCUAAUGAAAAUCGAUUUUUUUACUCUCAUAAAGUACUUCCGCAUGUAUCACAUUUAUCUGUCUAUAGCUUGAUUAUCAGCAGGCUUUGACACAAGAUUAAUAUUUUGUGUGCUGAUUUUUAUUUUUUUUUUAAUGUGUGCAAACACUGUGGUUUAGAAAUAUGUUAUUGCUACUUAUUUCUACGUGGGAAAAUCCCACCUCACAGUUAUGCAUGGCAGAAGUCACCAGUUGGAUCCAAUUUAGCUGUUUCUAGGGAUGCAAGAUUCCUCUGCUUAGAGCGGGUGAAUCCUUGAAUGUUAUUUAUACCUUCUGAGAAAAAUGAAUAUGAGAUGGUAAAAAUGUGCACUAACGAUGUCUGCUCACUGAUUCCAGCUAAAAUCGUGUGCAGGGACCUCUAUGUGAUUUUUGUAAAAGCAGUACACGAUUUGAAGCUUAAAAUAGGUUCUUGCAAAUGAAAAUCGGCGCACUUGAGAGCGCUAUUAUAACUUGCAGUGAUUUCAAGCAUUUAGAUUUUGAAAUAAUCAUCCAUAAAACCUGCAUUAAUUGUCCUCCAAAACCAAUGAGCUGAUGAGGAGGGUGCCCUAGUAGCCUCUUCUGCUGGAUUUGAGCACCUUCUGAAUUUCUCCUGCUACCAGCAGAAAUUAUGCACAGAAAUCAUAGCUGGUAUAAGGGUUUAUUAAUCAGAUUACAAAACUGCUAAGAAGGCACACAGCAGUGUGUGCUAAAGCUGCCUGUGCUGUAGUUAGUGAGCCUACCAUAGGUAGCAAUGCUAACUCCUUCCUUUUAGCAGGUUUACCCACUGCUCCUUCUUCCAUCAUUCCUUCCUCUUGUAGGGCCUGCUUUUGCACUUUGAUCCGGUGGCUUGCAGGCGAUGUCUGUCCCCAGCAGUGCUCUAAGCAGCUGACCUCCAGGAAGGGCUCCGGGUGAGCGAUGCAAUGUGUCAUUUCCACAGGGUUCCUAAGAAGGAGGAGGCAAAAAGAUCAAGAGGUGCUCCAAAUAUAUUAUCCUGUCCUCUGUUUUGCUCUUGGUUUCUCUUUGUGGUGCCCUUUAACACUGUAAAGAGACCGUAGCAGUCCUCUAUGAACCUGGAAAGGUAUCAGCACUCUGGGAAGUCUUCAGUUUGCUGUAAAUUGCACUUUAUUACAGAUGUUUCUUCUGCCAAGACCCACUGACCCCAUGUGGCUCACAGUGUUUUCUAAGGCUUUGCAGGACUGGUGUUAUGAAUUGGCAGCCUCCAGGCCUCUCACAAAUCUCCUGCUUCUCACAGCGUUUCUUCAACUUCUCCCAAGCACAGCUGGGUUUUGAGCUCAACUGCUCCCUGCAGGGGCUUGAGCCUCCUGCUUUUUUUGCAUAAAAGGUGUCAGGUACUUAUGCAAUCCUUAAGGGCAUGCAAAUGCUGCUCUGAGGACUGUUGAUUCUGGCAAAACCCUUUGCAGACCUUGUACUCCCUUGCUAUUUCCCAAUCGCUGCAGUCUAGCAGCUCUGCCCACCAACUCCCAUGGCCAACAGAGCAGCAGUCUGUGCAUGCUGCAGCGCGAUGUGGAAAGCGAUGAUUGCAUGAAAGUGUGAUGCUAUGGUACGGCCUCUGCAGGAGCCUGACACUGUUUGCGUAGGAGGACCCCGUGUGUCUGCUGCAGAGCUGUCUCGUGGCUGUCCGUACAUCCCUAGGAUGCUGGACCCUUCCAAGCAACCACAGCAUACGGAUCCCUGAGGGUUUCAGCCUUGUCUCCCUGGAUUAUCACAGGUUCAGCUCUGUGGUCCAUCUGAUUUAUAUUUGGGGUCUGAUGAACAGGCUUUUCUCUCAGGUCUUUAAGGCUCCUAUUUAGCUCCUUUUGGUACAUUUCCCUGCACUACAAGUCUCCCUGCUACACAGAGCUCUUGUCCAAGAUUUGGCACCUGCCCUACUUCAGCCCUCUGCAGGAGACUUCUUGCUAAGCAGCCCUUCAACCAGGUCUGCAAUACAUGGCAAAGAGCUGGAAGAGGUCUACAGUACUUCCCCAGCAUGAAGAUACGAGCGCUCUUUUUGAGUAGGUCACUGAAGGCAGUAAGAUGUCAAUACAACCAACUGCAAAAUACGAAGCCACAUGAAAAUUCACAGUUUACCUUGAUGCUGAAGGGCUGAAAAGAAACACCGUGCUGUUAGCACAGGCACUCUGCUGGCAAAGUGAAAAUGAGCAAAGAGGAUGAGAUGGACAGAUAGCUGAUGGAAAAAGCUCUUCCUAAUUGCUCCACAGAGCAGCUAGCUUGCCUGCAGGGCUGCAGCAUGGGGCUGCUUGUGCAUUAUGCAGAGACCCCAAGACCGGUGCUGUUUGCCUUAGCAAAGGCACAGCUACAGCUGCAGCGAUAUUUUCUAGAUGUCAUUUCCUUCCCUACAUUACUGACAGGUGUUUGCUGUUCUGUCCCUUUAAUCUGUAUCCUAUAGCAAACAUUCCUUGAAUUUAAUAACUUAGCUGGAAGACAAUUGCUGUGAUCUUGAUAGAACAUGCUGAGUCAAUCUAUUUUAACUGCAGAUUUAGUUUGCAAAUACUGUCUCCUUGCCGAUAAGAUUCAGGUGUCAUCUUUGUGGACAUUGGCAGGAAUUUUCUUGACCGUGACAGGCUUUACAGAGUUUGGCAAUUAAGCUGUCAAGACACAUUUUCUUCUGCCAGGACGCACUAAUUGAUGAUAGUCUUGGCUGCAAUAGGCACAGAGAGAUGGAUAUUGUAAUCAGAAUGAAUAGAGGUCCUUCUAGUUGAGAGCUACAUUGGUCCAAAGGUUUGGAGUCCUUGACAUUUGGUGAUACUGAGAUAAGGAACAAGGCAGGAGAUAUCAGAGCUGAAUAUCAGAUACGGUAUGAGAAUAGACAGACCUGGAAAUGGUUAUGUUCUGGCUGGAAAUGUUGAUAUCUGGGGAGGUUUUAACUCUGUGGAUGCAUACUGCAAAGUACUAAUAUUAGCAGAGCUACUGGAUGUGAGAGCAAAUAGAGUUUUCCAUUAAGUAAUCCCAAAAAUCAUGUUCUUGUUGGUUUGCUUUUCAAGUGCGAGGGGUGUUGGAGAUGUACUUCCCUUAGAAAAUAAACCUGAUGAUUCAACCUGAGCUCGCUCUGUUUAAAUCACACUGAAAGUAGAUCUGCAAAUAGGAAUUUUGAUUAGUGAGUACAAAAUAUGAAAGAUUAAAACUUGGCAAAGCUAGGAUUCUGGUUGAGAAAACUGUUUUGUUUUUGUGUUCAAUCUUUACAGUUUAUAAAAAUCUACUUAAGGAGAAAAACUCAUUUAGAACCCAUCCAAGCUAUGCUACUUUAGUACUGGGCAAACCUUCAGGAGAUGUUUGAAGAAAACUGAAGACGUGAAGUAUAAAGGAAUGAUUAAUGUGCACAGUAAACUUGCUUGGAAGGUAAUCACGCAUGGGCUAAUAUCAAUCUUUACAAAGUUGGCAGACUUCCUAGAUAAAGGAAGUACAGUAGAUCUAGUCUACCCAGGCAGCAAAAGCAUUUGACCUGUUGCCCUGUGGGGUGGUGUCACCUAGGCUUGGUGAGGGAGGUCAGGGUGAGGUUAUGGGGGAUGUGGAAGUGUACUGCAGAGGAGCAGGUGGGGUACCCACAGGAGUUAGCAGUGAGCAGACAGAAAAGUGGAUCUGAGGACCAAACUUCACAUUUUUGUUCCUUGCAUUAAUGCAUAAAAAGCAGACACACAGAGCAGAUUGCUGCUGUUGGUUUUCUUUUAUUUAAGCAGCAGAAGAGCAGGAUUUCUCCCACAGAGAAUGGGGUGACCUUCUAGGCUGUGAUUGCCUGGGCUCAAGCUGAGAUGAAAUGCAGUGAUGAGGAGCACAAAACCACGCUCUGAGGUUAAAUAAUGAGGGCUUCUGCUAUCUGUUCAGAGCUCAGUUAAAAUUGCAGAGGAGGAGGAAGACCUGACUGUGUGUAGCCAGCCAUAGGGCAAAUGAGAGCUGCGGCACACCGGGGCAGAUCCGGGAGCAGAGGGGCCAUGGG